AUGGAAGAAGAGAAUGCAAUCUUUCAAGUCCCUAGCAUCCCAAAGUUUGACGGGGAUUACGAGCAUUGGAGUAUGCUGAUGAAGACGCUACUGAAAUCGAAAGAGUAUUGGGUAGUAAUUGAGUCGGGGUACACCGAACCUCGAGAAGGAACAAUACUCACGGUUGCUCAACAGAAGGAUUUAGAUGCUCUGCAUCUCAAGGAUUUGAAGGCUCAAAACUACCUGUUCCAGUCGAUCGACAAACAGAUUUUAAAGACUAUGACUCACAAAGAGACUGCCAAACAGAUCUGGGGCGCUAUGAAGAGAAAAUAUCAAGGCAACGUAAGAGUGAAGAAGGCGCAAUUACAAAGAUUACGAAGGGAGUUCGAAAUCCUAGAAAUGAAAGAAGGUGAAAGCGUCACAGAUUACUUUGGUCGGGUAAUGUCCACAGCCAAUGAAAUCAGAAAUUUUGGAGAAGAGAUAACAGACGUAAUGAUUGUUGAGAAGAUCCUCAGAUAUCUAACUGAAAAUUUUAAUUAUGUGGUGUGUUCCAUUGAAGAAUCAAAGGACACUGAUGCGAUGUCAGUGGAUGAGUUGCAAAGUUCUUUGCUUGUGCAUGAGCAAAAACUUUUGAAGAAACCUAGUGAUGAUCAAGUAUUAAGCGCAGAACUUGAUCCGACCGGAAGACGAGGUCGGGGCAUGGUAGAAGCCCAUUCAACAGAGGACGUGGUCGCAGUCGAGGAAGAUCAAGACCUGAUUUCGAUAAGUCAGCCAUAG